AUGUCUCGGCCCCAACUCUUCCAGAACAUAUCCCUCCAACUUGGCAAGAAGCCAGACGUCACGGCCUGCGAUAUUCAAACUGUCAUUACAUUGGCGUAUGGAGAAUCUCUUUGCUUUCACUCAUCACCAUCGUCAAACAUCUCUGUCUUUCGCACCUGGCCCAACCAAACCCAUUGGAGUACAUUGACUCAAAAUCCAAUUUGUCCUCCCCGACGAAACCCUUUUCAACAGGCCAACCCGGGUUCCCAACCACCAUCUUCAACAAACAACCCCAAUUGCCAACAAAAUGUUGGACGACCCAGCCACCAAACCAUUGAGGACAUUGCAGCAGCAAUCAACAACAUCAGGAAGGGCAACCGAGGUCCGAGUGAUCCCAAUAUCUUUACCGGCAAGCCAUGUUCCUACUGUGGCGGGUUGGGAAAUUGGAGAUUGUCUUGCCCGAGACUCCGCAGAGAUGCCAAUCUGCCACCUCCACACCUGGUCGCCCCGCUUCCGGUUUCGCCCGUCAAGCGGCACCCCAAACAACCCGGCUACACACGGGCUCUGGUUGACGGGAUGCUUGAAUGA